GGCCAUCUCCUGCAUCUUGCCAGGAACCGCCCCCCUUCUCAUGGACUCCUCGCUGGUUGGACCACUCGCUCUUCCCUCUCCCACCGCCCGCGGAAAACAUUCCAGCGAGUCAAACAGUCAACCCCAACUCACAGUCGAGUUUCUCCUUUCCCGCUCACCACUUCUCAUCCUCCUGCACAUCCUUUAUGAUUAUCUGCUCGCUGCUACUCGCGCGGAGCAGCAGCAGCAACAGAAGCCGCUGCUACAGCAGCGUCUGCGGCGGUUACUCCGGAACUCGGUACUUGAUUUAGCCGCUCGCAAGCCACCACGAGUCGGCCAGCAGCCCCCGUCUCGCCGCUCCCCUGCUACCGGAUCUCCGUGGGCGAGUGCGCGGCUCCCACAGGUGUGUGUCGCGGUUCCAGGAAGCACACCUGGGCAAGAACAUGUGACUCGAUACCUGGGCGUGGAAGGAACAUUCGUUUUCGGUGACUUUUUCUCCCUCUUUCCCCCUCCUUCCGUGUCGCUGACUUUUCAGAUGCCCAGCCUGGAGCAGGAAUUAGUGCCUUUCUCGGAGAAGCACAUAACGGGGACAAACAUGUGAACUAAAUUCAUUUUAAAACGCAAAACUACCCGGGAGCUGCAGCAAUUUGUGGACUCUUGAUCGCUUUUGGGCCACUAUACAUUCUUCGCUUCUUGAAGAGAAGCCCUUAAUGAAGCCGGAGGUCAGCGGCAGCGUCCAGCUAAUUGGACCGAGUUUUCCCGAAGCUCUGGCUGCUGGUGAUUGAAGUGUCAAGUGAGGGUCGGCCCAUCGUCGUCCUCUCCCCGAAAUUUUCUGGAGAGGAAACAAAGAAUUUAGAAAACGAAGCGCUACAGCAAAGUGGAGACUGUGGAGUACUGAACUAAAGCGUCAAGAGCUGAGGUGCAACAACAGGGCAAUCAUCUUUGUAAAGUCUCACUGGAACGGCACCAAACAAAAGUUCCAGCAUCAUCACCUUGUCAAGAGUCAAGAAUCUGCAUUGAACAAGGUAUCAAGAGUCAAGAAUCUGCAUUGGAAAAGGUCCAUCACGCGGAUUCGCUUAUUUGUUGCUGCUGCUGCUGUGUUGUUAAAUGACUCCUCGUUAGGAUAUUAGCCACUUAUCAAGUGUCUGAGAUGGCAAGCUGGGUCUCCCUCCUCCUCCUUUUCCUCGCCUGCCAGUCGACAUCCGCGUCCCAGGAGGGUCUCUUCGAGUUCAUCUCGGACACCCCCAUCGUCAACGUGGUCCAGGACCCGCGCACGGGCCGCGUGUACGCGGGGGCCGUCAACGCCAUUUACCAGCUGGGGCCAUCGCUACGGUUGGAAGCCCGGGCGGAGACGGGCCCCCGAAAGGACUCACGGACGUGCACGCCGCCUGCCUCGGCCUGCCAGGACACCAAGCUCAUGCCCAACAUUAACAAGCUGCUUCUAGUUCACCCGUCCAACGGCUCGCUUAUCGUGUGCGGCAGCCGUUACCGAGGCAUUUGCUCGUUGCUCAAUCUGUCCAACGUGGAGCAGGAGAUGUACUACAGCGACAACAAGGGAGAGAGGACUUACGUUGCCAGCAUCGAGGACAACGUCAACGUAGUGGGCGUCAUGUCCACUUUCGUCAAGGACCAGAACAAAUUCCACGUGUUCCUAGUGGGAAAAGGCUACGGGAGCCUAGACAGCACCAAGAUCAUCACCACCCGCAUUCUGCAGGAUUUCCGCGAAUGGGUGGUGUUCGAGAGCAUCAUUGAGGCCUCCACUAUACAAACAAUGCCCUUCGGGCCAAGGUACCUUCACGACUUCCGGCACGCUUUCGCCGCCGAUGGCUUCGUUUACUUCGUCUUUUCCAGAACUCUGGACGGUACCGAUAAUAAUAACGUGACCUUUGUGUCGCGACUGUGUGAGAACGAUCACCAUUUGUAUUCUCACACGGAGCUCCAGCUCAAGUGCGGUCCGGAUAACCGCUACAGCAAAGUGCAGGCGGCAUACGUGGACUCCCCGGGGAAAGAGCUGAGUCGAGUCAUGACAGAAUCGGGGAUGUACGGGAGGGUCCAGCCUUGGAAUAAAGUUCUCUUCAUGGUGGCAAGCUCGGAAGAUGACCACAGUGAUUCAGCUCUUUGCAUGUAUACUCUCAAUGCCAUCAACGAGCGAUUGGUGGACAUCAUUACUGCCUGUUACAGCGACUCGGGGAAGAUUUCGGGCUUCCCCGCCGUCGACAUUCCGUACUCGUCGAAGACUGCCGAAUUCUGCACUUCCAAAAUUGCGAAGGACACAUUAGAACAGUACAAGUGUGGCGGAGAUUUCCUGCCUACGCCUCUGGCCAGCAAGCCCAGAUUUGCCUUGAAAUCCAACGCAGUGGUCACCAAGCCGGGCCUUCUCACCGCUGUCUCCGUCGCCGUGGAGAACGAUCACACGGUCGCCUUCUUGGGCAACAAUCAGGGAGAAGUCUUUAAGGUUCACCUGACAUCCACGGCGUACGUGUACGGCAAAGCCCCUGGCGACACCUUGGGGGAGAAGGUGAACAAGAACCUUUUCUUCGACACAGAUCAAAACCACCUCUACAUCACAACGGACAAAAAGAUCACCAAGGUGCCCGUGGAGACGUGCCUGCAGAAGAAGGAUUGCCAUUCCUGCGUGAAUAUGAGGGACCCUUACUGUGGCUGGUGUGUGCUGGAGGGCAGGUGCACCAGGAGGUCUGAGUGCCGGCGGGCAGAGGAAAAGAAUGGCUGGCUGUGGAGCCCGAGGCAGCAAUGUGUCAAGAUCGUCUCCUUCUACCCUCCCAACCUCUCCUGCAAAAAGAGCCAGAAGGUGAAGAUCAACAUCUCUUCCCUACCCGCCAUCGGCCCCUCGGACCGUCUGCGCUGCUCUUUCGAGUCAUUCCACAGUGAAGGCGUCAUGUCCGACUCCGGUCAGGUCUCGUGUGACCUGCCCCACCCGUCGCUCAUUCCGCACACCACAGAACACCAAGACUUUGUGGCCGUUCCAGUGAAGAUCUUGGUCAACGAGACAGUGAAGUUGGCGGUACGCGACUACCAGUUCUACAACUGCGCGGCCACCAUAAUGAAGUCUGAGAACACACCGUGCAUGUCAUGCGUGGCCAGUCCGUGGGUGUGCCAGUGGAACACGCACGACCACACCUGCAGCGACGGUGACAACAGUGCGCCUGCUGCUCACAUCAUCAAGCACCGACAGGGAUUGAGGUGUCCUCGGUUCGAGAAUCCUGACCCUACGCUGAUCCCGGUGGGCUUCAAGAAGUCAAUCUUCUUCGAAGGCAUCAAUCUGGACCUUUACCAGGGCCGUGUUUUCACCAUCGGCACGGAGCUCAUGAAGAACGUGGAAGAGGAGGUCAACUUUGAUGGAGCUUUCUACACUUUCAGUGGCUUCAACUUUUCCUACGAUAAGUCGCCGGAGACCAAUGUUGUUCUUUACGUGAAAGAAAAGGAGCUGGGCAAGAAGAUGGACAGCACACUAAACGUCACGCUGUACAAUUGCUCGGUUGGACGUGAGGACUGCAGUUUGUGUAAGAACGCCGACCUCAAGUACAGAUGUGUAUGGUGCACCAAGCACAAGGCGUGCGUGUACGAGCAGCUGUGCGUGCCGGACCAGCACGACGCAGAGGACCCCCAUGACGCUGAGUGUCCCGCCCCCCGGAUCACGGAUAUCAUUCCUCGUUUCGGCCCCCUGCUGGGGGGCAUCGCCAUCACCAUCCGUGGCUCCAACCUGGGAAUCCACAAGGAAGACAUUGAACGGAUCACAGUGGUCGGGGAGCCCUGCAUUCACCAGCAGGACAAGUACUCCGUCUCCACCAGUGUGGUGUGCGAGAUUGGCCCCGUGGCGCCCGACACGCAGUACUGGGGCAAGGUGGACGUGGAGGUGAAGGGCGGAAAGAAAGGAACCUCCGACAUGUUCUUUACCUACAGGAACCCCAUCCCUGAGGCUGUGAUGCCUAGGCGAGGGCCAAAAGCCGGAGGCACCCUCAUCACCAUCAGCGGACGCUUUCUGGACACGGGGAGUAAGGAUGAUAUCCAGGUCACCGUCGGAGACGUGGACUGCACUGUAGAGCACUUUGGAGAAGAAAUCACCUGCAGAACGGGAAAGUAUCAGGCUGAUAAGGUGCCCUCUGACCCGCUGACUGUCACAGUGAAGUACGGGAGGAUUGCCGUGACACACAUUCACAGUGCCUUCCAGUUUUUGGAAAACCCCACAGUGCUGGACUACCAGCCCAAAGCUAGCUUUGUAUGCGGCGGGAGAAACAUUGUGGUGACUGGCUCGGGUUUCGACAUCAUCCAGAGAGCCAUCAUGAUGGUCCAGGGAGACAACUCGACAUCAUUUGAGGUCGCCCACGAAAAGAACGAUACGGUCAUCCAGUUUCGCUCGCCUCCAGUCAACGACUCGCUAAGUCAGCAAGCCAGGACGUACAUCAAGCUGGACAAUUGGGAAAAGGAGCUAAGGAGCUUUGACUACCACCCAGACCCCAUCUUCUACGAGCUGCCCAAGACGGUCUUCACAGAGUCCAGCAUGAUCAUCGUCAAGGGUCGAGGAUUCUUAAAAGCCAUGACAGCCAAGGAAGCUCAGGGCUUCGUGGGUGACGUUCCCUGUGUGGUCAACACUCUCCAAGAUGAGAAGUUGUUCCUGGACCCACCUUCCAGGAAGCCCAGCGCUCGCUCCCGAAGACAACGCCGCGACACUCGGCCUAAGCUGUUGGACCUCAUGAUCAAGUUUGGCAAAGGGGAGUGGGUAGUGGGUUCCGUGCAGUACGAGACCAAGAAUGAUUUGUCGCUUUACAUCAUCAUCCCCGCUGUCAUCGUUCCCAUGCUGCUCAUCAUCGCUAUCUCUGUCUACUGCUACAGGAGGAAGAGUCAACAGGCUGAGAGGGAGUACGAGAAGGUAAAACACCAGCUGGAGAACUUGGAAGAGAGCGUGCGAGACCGCUGCAAGAAAGAGUUCACAGACCUGAUGAUCGAAAUGGAGGACCACACCAACGACCUGAGCGAGGGUCGCAUUCCCUUCCUGGACUACAAGACCUACACGGAUCGCGUCUUUUUCCUGCCCUCCAAAGACGGCGCCAAUGACGUGAUGAUUACGGGCAAGCUGGACAUUCCUGAGGCUCGGCGGGCCAUCGUGAUGCAGGCGCUCAAUCAGUUCUCCAACCUCCUCAACUCCAAGACAUUUCUUAUCAAUUUUAUCCGCACGCUGGAACGUAGUCAUGACUUCAACGCCAGGGCCAAGGUGUAUUUCGCCUCCCUACUGACGGUAGCGCUGCACGGCAAGCUGGAGUACUACACGGACAUCAUGCGGACCCUGUUGCUGGAGCUCAUGGAAGAAUAUGUGCACAGCAAAAACCCAAAACUAAUGCUGCGCCGAUCAGAGACAGUGGUGGAAAGGAUGUUGUGCAACUGGAUGUCAAUCUGCCUUUACCAGUUCUUAAAGGACUCUGCAGGUGAGCCCUUGUACAAAUUGUUCCGCGCCAUCAAGCACCAGAUUGAGAAAGGACCAGUGGACGCCCGCGUCAAGAAAGCCAAGUACACCUUGAACGACACUGGCCUGCUGGGCGAUGACGUGGAGUAUUCUGUGCUGACUCUUCAGGUGCUGGUGCAGGGAGAGGGUCCGGACGUGACGCCUGUCAAAGUUCUGAGCUGCGACACCAUCUCACAGGUGAAGGAGAAGAUAAUCGAGCAAGUGUAUAGGAACCUGCCCUACUCUGCGCGGCCCAAAGUUGACAGCGUCACGCUGGAGUGGAGGCCAGGCUCCACGGGUCAGAUUUUAUCCGAUCUGGACUUGACAUCGCAGAAAGAAGGCAGAUGGAAACGUGUCAACACACUGGCUCACUACAAUGUCCGCGACAACGCCACCCUGGUUUUGUCACGAGUACUUCAAACAAAUCAGAACUACGAGCAGAACCAGGAAAACCACGAAGAGCGAAAUGCACUGUUGGAAGACGACAAGGUGUUUCACCUGGUGAGGCCCACCGACGAACUUGACGAAAUCAAGUCCAAGCGUGGCAGUAUUAAGGACAAGUCCAUGACCAAAGCCAUCACGGAGAUUUAUCUCACUCGACUGCUCUCUGUCAAGGGAACACUUCAGCAGUUUGUGAAUGACUUCUUCCAAAGUGUGUUGUGCUCCGGGGCAGUGGUGCCGCCGGCGGUCAAAUACUUUUUUGACUUCCUGGACGAGCAAGCGUUGAAGCACAACAACGUGGAUGAUGAGACCAUCCACAUUUGGAAGACCAACAGCUUGCCUCUGCGCUUCUGGGUGAACAUCCUCAAGAACCCCCACUUCAUCUUUGACGUCCACGUGUCGGAAGUGGUGGACGCCUCGCUGUCUGUUAUCGCCCAGACCUUUAUGGAUGCCUGCACCAAGACAGAGCACAAGCUCAGUCGGGACUCCCCGAGUAACAAACUUCUCUAUGCAAAGGAGAUCUCGACCUACAAGAAGAUGGUGGAUGAUUAUUACAAGGGCAUCAGACAGAUGGUCCCCGUCAGUGACCAGGACAUGAACACUCAUCUGGCAGAGGUCUCGCGGUCUCACACGGACAAACUCAACACACAAGUGGCUCUCCAUCAGCUCUACCGAUACGCAAGCAAGUACUACGACGGGAUCAUCUCAUCCCUGGAUGAUGAUCCAGCAGCGCAGAGUAAGCAGCUGACCGUGCGGCUCCAGCAGAUAGCAGCCGCCCUGGAAAACAAAGUGACUGAUCUCUAACGUGGAAAUGGAGAUAGGCGGGAUAAUCGGUGGGAUCCUGCCAGUGACUACAGGGGCUUAUUUCUUCUUGUUUUCCGCUUGAUAAAUCACGGAGAGACAGGAGUGGCGUGCGUUAUUGCCCUGGGACAAUAUUCUAAUAAUAAUAAUAAUGUUUUCCUGUGUGGCGUAUCAUUGAAAUGCAUACAGAAAGCAGAGCGAGUCGCUAGUGUGUUGCACUGUCAAAAAAAGGUACGCCUUAAAGCUCACUUGCCAAACCUCAAGCACGCAUCGUGGGAAGCGUCAGGAGAGAGAAAGAAGUAAGCCCCUGUGGCAGGAGAUAAUCAGAUGUUCAAUUUCUUUUCCUUUUGAGAAUGGUAUGAUCUUUUUUUUUUCCUAAUCUGUCUUUAUCGCUGAAAAAAAAAAAAGCUUUAUAAGGAAACAAAAUAUCUUUUUAAGUGGAUCACUCGGUGGUAAAGAUAGUGUUUAUAUGGUUACAUGUGGUUGGACGGCGGGUGAUUUUAAUGUGAGCGUUUGUGAACCUGUGCACAAGGGUUGCCUAAAGUCGGGGGUGAGGGCCACAAGGCGCCCACUUCCUGUCAAUGGACUCCCCUCACGUCCCCACUUUGACAUUGACAGGAACCUGUGCCCCAAGUUUGACAGAGACCAAAGGGUCCUCACACAAGGACAAUGUACAGGCUCAAAUGAAUGACGGCUCAACAGUAUAUAUAUUUUUAAUGUUGAUUAUUUUUUAAGCCGUGCAAAGUUUGUGGACGCCACUAACAGCACAGUCUGUGUCCCUUUAGUGUUCAGUGCCAUGGUACAUUCCACUUAAAAACAAAGCACAGAAGAACAUUUCAAAGUCUUUUUUCACCCUCCUUAUUGGCUGCCAUUCCCCGUGAUGAACGUCCAAUCCCUUUGGACUGGGAGAGGCUGGCAGUGAUUAUUUUGACAGUUUAGACGUCUAUUGCCGUCAAUGGCAGCCAGUGGAUUAAACUUUUUUUUUUUUUUUUUUUUUGCUGCCAUCUUGACAUUUGCUAUCACAUCAACCCUGUAACAAAAUACCAUCAAGCCUCAUCAGCUUACAAACAUCACCACAAUUUAGUAGGAUAUAUGAAAAGUUAAAAGGUCAAAAAUCUAAUCGCAGCAAACCACAUCAUGUCACCCGUCAAAUGAAAGGUCUUGGUGAAUGCUUUGCAGAUCUUUCAUUAUUUUGUCAAUACAUUCUUGCCUGAUGAUUUAAUAACCAAAAAUGUGCUUUUUAAAAAAUGCUUGAAAAGGUCAACACUAUCCAUCCACCAGUACAUGCAAAAAAAUCCUACUAAAUUCUGGCGAGUGCUAGCUCACAAAUCUCCGCCUACGGUAGCAGUUCAGCAAUAGAAUAAUAGUAGAAUAUGUUUGUAAUUGAUUAGUAUUAAGAUGUUCCUGUGCCAUUUUUUAUGUAUGUCUGUUGUCCAAAUAUUCAUCAAGCAUCCUGCCUCUUGAAGCUAUGUAAUAGCCCUUUGCUGAUUGCUGUCAAUAAUCUGCCAGGUAUGCAGUUGCUACUUAAUCGGUACAUAUUGAACAAAAUGGCUUGUAUAUAUUCCUUAUACUUUUCGGUUUAUUAUGUGAAACCAGGGUGGGGGGAGUUGAUGUGACGUUCCUUUAUCUGGAAAAUGUUGGCUGACAAUCAUAGAUAUCACAGAGAAAGAUACACGAGAAAAGUCUUUGCGGCGUUAGUAACUGGCAACCAUCUUAAAGCAGUGGACUUCUCAUGCUGUGCUCUUUUGAAGCAGACAGACAAUAGUUGAGAGGUUAUCGCCACUGAAAUACUCUUAACUCAGAAAAAUCAGAUUUUUAAACAGUUUGGUUUACAAUCUGUUUUAACUUGACUAUGAUUUAGCCUGGACAUUGAGACAAAUAUUUUUCGGUAUGCAGUUUAUUUACUGCAUUUGAUGUUUAUGAAAAACAAGCAGUAUAAAAGUGAUAGAAAAUUCAUGCAAUCCAUAGCUAUUUCUAAGUGCACGCACCAUUGACUAUGUAUAUUUACUAAAUAGCACUGACACAAAAUGGCCGAUAGGUGAUAACUAGGGGUGUAACAGUACGUUAAAAUGUAAUUUCAUUUCUGUUUGGUUUUUGUGCUCGGUUAGGUUAAUUUUCGGUACAAAAAAUGCAUAGAAAAAUGCCUACUUAAAAUGAUUUAGUUUUAAAAAUGUAUACAAUGAACUUGUGUAAAUAAAUAAAAGUAACCCUUUUUGGUAAUGUUUCAAAUACAUUACACGCUGUAUACAAAGAAUUGAAACAUAAACAAUUGUAGUAAUUAUAAAAUCUUAAAAUUAUGAAUAAACCAACAAAACUAAGCUUUUAAUCCUCAGCAGAAACAACCUGAAAAUGACACAUGUAAUUAUCCAAGUUUUAUUUUUUUGCUAGAGAUGAACCUAUACACGCAUUUUCUGCUGAAAGCAUAUCUGCACCCACUGACAAUAGCUAGCUGACUUUCUUACAUCUUUCUACAUCUUUUCUGAUUAUGCCGUUAUAAGUGGGUUAAUAUAUCCGUGCAGCAAUUGUUGACAUAACCAUGGAUUUAUCCACUUGCCUUUACCCAUUGAUAAGUUUACCGAGGACGUCAAAAAAUGUUCAACAGUGCUGGCUGGAAGUGUCUUUAGCAAGCCACGGCCCAGGUGUUCAUCACAGCGCCCAAUAGUGAAUUAAGACUGUCUUUUAGCUCAAGCCUCUCGCUAGCAUUUGUCAUGCCUAUAAUUUACAGGAUGUAAAUUCAAACUACUUAUUCAGCAUGUCCGACAGUUUACGAAACUCCCAACAACUCUUCGCUUACGCACGCAGCGCUUCACUCACACUAAUAAUAAAUUUUAUGAGGAAAAAAUAUUCGUAAAACAAAACCAAACGGUACACUAGUGAACUGAACUGAACAUGCAAAACCGAAACGGUUCAAUAUAUCCACAUGAACCGUUACACCCUUAGUGAUAACGGUCAUCCCGAUUGACUCACAGCGUGCAGUUCGCAUCUAACUAUCUUUGUGAUAUCUAUGCUGACGAUGUCAUUCUUUACAUGGCAAGAGUUAUAUGUGUACUUGUCAAUGGUGAUGUUGGAAAGUGAUCAUGGUCGUGUGUUGCUCUAGAGACCCCCUAGAAUGUUAAACCCCGCCUUUGCCAGAGUGGCGAAAGGGGAGGGUGGCACACGGACCUCAAGCCUACCUGUCCUGCCGUGCUGUCUCAGCAUGCCCCAACAUCUGGACCAACAGCACUUGGCCCAGCCUACCCACUUAACCCCCCCAGACACUCAAGCUACUAGCAUCAGCCCAGCGACUGAGCUUGACACGCCUCGCUGGCCUUCGAUGCAAGAUGCUUUUAUCAGAGCCUUUCUUUGACCAAAAAUGUGCCUUAUUGAAUAGGAUGAUACAUAUAAUGUUUCUAAAUUAUUCUCGCCGUAAAAUAUGAUGACGAUAGUACUAGAGACACAGCAAUGUAUUUGGAUUUGUGAUAUAGUGUGUGCUGUCUAAAAUGCUACAGAUGUCCUGCUGCAGCGAUGCGUGUGCGUGCGUGUGUGUGUGUGUGUGCCAAUUAGGGGUGGGAAUUGCAAUAUUCUACAAAUUGUGUCACGAUGCAGAAAUAAUAACAAUAUUGCAGUUGUUUUCACGCCAUCUAGCUUCUCCAUUAUGACCAUCAUAAAAUUAUGGUUAAAAAAAAACAA